UUUCCUCUAUCUUUCUGCAAGAUGUCCAUGAUUAUUAUUAGAGAGAGACAGGAACAACAAGAAACCAUCUAGAAGAAGGAAACAUAACAUCAUUGUAUUGUUUUUAAGGGAAGUAAGAAGAUCCAGUAGAAGCCCCUAUAGUACAAGAAACAUCAGACAGGACCAAGAUAAUAUCAGGUUUUCUAGAGAGAGAAAGUUAGGAAAACCAGUUAGAUUUUGCAGAGAGAGAGAGAGAGGAACCAAAAGAAAGUAAAGAGUUGCAGUGUUCUUUUUUUUUUCUCCUCCCGUGAGCAGAAAGAAAUAAAGUUAAAAGUUACCGUAGAUUGCAGGAUUUUCUUCUUCUUUGCUCAUCAGAAUUUUCUUUUGUAGAUUUUUUUCAUAAGCAAAGAAUGGUUUAUGGAUGUAUGCAUUGGAGUUGUGUGAUGUGUUGUUUACUUAUUGGGGAAUAUAAAUAAUUUUACUCGUUUCUAUUUAGUUUUUUUUUUGUAUUUAUAAUUUGUAAGGAUUAGGGUUUUGAUUUAUAUCAGCUGUGGCAACCACGAGGAGGCAUAACCUACCGACGUCGGAUUCCGGUGCCUUCACGGACUGGACGGCGGCGGCGGCGACGCCAUCUUCCCGCGCCACCGAGGAUCUAUCUCUUGGUUUCAAUGCUGGUCCCGCCGUAGUCCACGGUGGUUUAGUCUCAGCUUCCGCCGCCGCUGGCCUUCCAUCAUGGCCUCCCGGGUCCUCUGUCCGGUACGGCUUACCGUCGGCGGCGGCGACGGAGAUGGGCAUGGUCGGUCUAAGAGACGUCUACCUUGUUGCUCCGGCGUACCAUCACCACCACCACCAGAACGCUGGGCUUGUAUCUGGAUCCGAUCAGAUUAACAGUAAUGCGGCGGCGUCGCUCGGCGUCGGAGUUAUUCCUCUUCUCACAGCGGCUCCGGCGCAGCAGCACCAAAACGCGGAAGACACCGACAUUAACUUCCUCGGAAACAGCCGGAGAUGGCAGAACAAUGACAGCAGCAACAACCAGACGGAGUAUCUUCGGUUCAAGAGUACGACUGUGGCAUCGAGUUCGAACAACUCGGGGUCGGGCUCAGCGGGAACCGCCACGUGUCAAGACUGUGGUAACCAGGCGAAGAAAGAGUGCAAGCAGAGGCGGUGCAGGACGUGCUGCAAGAGCCGUGGCUUUGAUUGUUCGACUCACGUGAAGAGCACGUGGGUCUCUGCGGCUCGUAGGAGAGAGAGGCAGGUCAUGCCCACCGGGAAUCCAACGGCAGCUGGCUCGUCUCCUUCGACCUCUUCGGGGACCAAGAAGCCGAGGAUCGCUGGGUCUCAACAACAAGCCACUUCUCAUACUUCAACUUCUAACACGCCUCCUCAAAGUUUAGAUACUAGCUCCAGCCGAAAAGACGGAGGGCCAAGAGAAGCGUGGCCGGGGCAAGUUAAGGCCGCAGCGGUGUUCAAGUGUGUGAAAGUGACGGCAAUGGAAGACGGGGACGACGAGUACGCUUACCAGGCGGUGGUGAAAAUCGGUGGCCAUAUCUUUAAAGGCUUCUUGUAUGAUCAAGGGCUUGAACCUAAAGAAGGUUUUCCUAAUAUUUCGGAUUUGCUUUUAGGUGGGGGAGCCAGUAACCAUAACGGUGUGUCUGCCUCGCCGUCUAUUCUUGACCCGCCAAAUGUCUACGGUGGUGGUGGUGGUGCAGGCGCUGGGUUUUACGGUUAAAAAAUAUCUGUUAAAAAAAAUUCAACUGGGGUUGGAUACAAAUGAAUAGUUCACUAACUCUAUUGUAUGAAUUGUUCAUGUGGACGAAGUACUACUUUCUAGUGCUGGAACAAACAUUCUCGGCAGAAGUUUUUUUCUUUUACCUUAAUUAGUGUUGGAAUGUUGUUUUUAUUU